AAAGUUCAGAUAAAGACAACAUAUGUUAAGUACAAAAACUGACAUAUUUUAUUUUGGGUCUGAAUAAUAGAUAGUACUGCCGUUAGAUAAUUUUAAAGUUAGAUAAUUCUGUGAUUAGAUAAUUCCUUCGUUAGAAAACAGGACAGGAUAAGAUUACGAAGUCCUUCAAUCUGACACAGUCAAGAAAGAUAAGACAUCUGGACUUGAAGUUUAUCCCUGGUGUGUGUGUGUGGUGAAAGUUUGUGCCUGCAUAUCAUCAUAUUUAAUUAACCCUCUGCAUAUCAUCAGUCAGUACUUAACAUUGAAUGGACAGCUGGUUUGUGGGUACCCACGAAACCCAGGAAUGUUUUGAAGACGACGACAAACUAACCUACUACCCAAACUGCAAGAAAAAACAAGGCCACGACCUAUUUCUCCCAGCCCGCGACCUGACCCCAUCGUGUCUGCCCCAGCGUUACCAUGGCAACGUGUACGAGGUCGUCAGGUACACUGCCCAGCUAACCGUCAUGGUGGUGACGUACGUCAUUAGCCCGGGCCGGAUAAAUACGCACCCCAGGACGGGGCGGCCGUACCCCUACUCCAACUUAACUAUCAAGAAACUUUCCAGAAAAGGCAGCGGUAGAAUCUACAAAAUCAAGAAAAUAACGGAGGAAGACAACCAGCCUUGCCCGUGUGGGAUGUGUAUCCAAUCUGGCAAGCCUGUCAUGACGUGGGGAGAGAUUCGAAUCGUGACGGCCACACAUUUAGUGUUUGACGAUUACGAGGCUCAGAAUACAGUGUGUCGUUUCGGUUACGAUCAGGAAGACAGUCCGAUAAUUUUAUUGACCGGGGUUGGGUUGGAGUCAGCUGACGUUGACGCGGACAGGUGUAAGUUAAUCUGCGUCACGCAUGACGUGAAUCUGGUAGAAGAGUUAGAAGUGACGUGGGGGAGGUACUACGACCUGGUGAGGUCAGUCAGGGAUGAGUUUAAGGAUAUUAGGGAUGAGGAUAAAGUGACAGUGGUCGUGUCCCAUCCCCACGGGGGACCGAAGAUGGUGACGGUGGGGGAGUGGGUGUACCGUGAGGAUGGUGAGGGUAGGACGUGUCGGUACUGUUACACGGCCAGCACCUGCCCAGGGUCAAGUGGGGCGUGCGUCUACGUGGUGGGGAGGGAGGGGUGGUACUACGCUCACGUGCAUAGUGGGACAGGUGGUAAAGGGAAUUUUAGUGGGUAUGGUGUGGAUUAUUAGCAUUCGUUGAUUAUUAGCGCGUGGAUUAUCUGGAUGUGUGGAUUAUCAGUUUUUGGAGGAGCAUUUUUAGGGUAUUGUUAUGAAAUAGUGGGAUAUUGAUGAUUAAAAGAAUAAGACCCGCAAGUGAAUGUUCAAUUAUUAUACAUGUGAAUUAUACAGAUUUAAGAAACACUAUGUAAUAAUGUAAGUAAAGAUUCCUCUUUAAACAUAGCGAUCCAUUGGGCAGAUGAAGUAGAGUUCAUGUUUCUUUACUUCAGCAUAAGGGAUGGAGUAAUAAGCACUUGCCCAGCCGCCUUUACUUUUCCCAAACAUAAGUUAGGUACCCAUCAGAGCUGAGUGGACUCAAGAAUGUCCUACAGUCACAAGUUUGAACAGAGAUUCGAACUCGAGACCUUCGGCCAUAAGCUCUAUAAUUCAACU